AUGGGUUGGUUCGGAUUUUCAUCAAAUAACAAGCAAGAGCACGUUAAUAACUUACCACCAACUACAAUUGAACAAAGAUCUCAUGAUUUAAUUAAGCUAGGUAAAAAUAUUUCAUUACAACAUGGUGGUGAUAUUGAAACUACUUUAAAUCAAUUACAAGAUAAAGAUCAACAAGCACAAUUAAAAAUAAAACAAGUUGAGGCUAAUGAUUCAACUAUUUCAAAUUUUAUUUCUGGUUUUCCUCAAUCUAAUGUAUUUAUAAUAGAUGGUGAAAAAGAAUCAAAAGAAUCAAUAAUAUGUACAAAUAAUUCAAAUGAUGGUGGCAAAACUUGUCUUAAAUUGAAAAUGAAUUCAAUUGAAUUAUUUAAAACAAUGCAAAAGUUCGACUACUUCUGUUCAUUACCUGAUGAUAUCGAUGCUACAUAUUUUGAAUGUAGAAAAAUUAAGUGA